AUGGAAUUUCCGAAAUAUAAUGGAAAUAUACAUCCAGAUGAAUGGAUAAAAGAUAUUCAAAAAUUUUAUUACAUUUGGAAAACUACUUAUAAAGAAUUUUUGAGAAUUGCUAUAUCAUUAGUAGAUCCUACUAUCAAACUCCCAACUGAAAUUCGUGAUACUGACGAACUUUGUAACGCACUUAAAGAAGAUAUUUCUUUUACGAUAUUUAAAAAUACAAAUAAAAGAAUUUUACAAACAUUAAAAUAUAUUCCUGAAAGAAAAGGUGGCAAUACGUCAAAUUUUAUUUCAAAUUUUCGCAAAUUAUGUUAUAAUGCUGAAAUUAAUAAUAUAGAAGAACAAAAGAAUUAUCUUUAUAAGUCACUUCCAAUGAAUAAUUUCUUUUCGAGCGAAUUUUUUAAAAAAAUGAAAAAUGUAAAUUCAGUUAAUGAAUUAAUUAAAAAAUUCGAAGAUAUUAUUGUUGAUGAAGAAAAUUUAAUUACGAAUAAUUCUGUUGUAGCAUUAAAACAUGUUGCUACAGGAAAAUAUUUAAGUUCAAUUAAAAAUUUAUGUUAUGAAACUGAAAGCAAGUCUCAAUUGGUUUUUGUAGGAAGCUCAGAACCUGAUCCAGAUUCCUUAUGGAAAGUUCUACAUGAUGAAGAAUUACUAGCUACUCAUAACAAGACUUCUAUAAAUUUACAACACUUCAAAUCAAAUAUGCUUCUUGCAACAAGUAUUUCAUAUGAUAGUUGGACUUGUCGUUAUUCAUAUCACAAAUCUCCAUCAACUAAACAUACAGAAGUAAACUGUAGCGGUAAUCAACCAAAUUGGAAUUUUAAACUUAGUAAAUUAGAAAAUCAUCAAGGAUAUUUAAAAUCAAAUGAUAUUAUUAAACUUAGCACUAAGAAAUUGUACGAUAAUAAUGGUCAAUAUACUUUAAAUGGACAAGUCGAAUUUUUACGUAGUCAUGAUAUUCAAUUUACUAUUGGAAAUGAUGCAUUUCAAGAAGUUAUUUGUCAUAAUGAAAGAUUAGGAGGAAAUGACGAAUGGUGUAUUGAACUUAUAAAGCAAGCUUAA